AAGCUACAGUUUUUAACUCUAAAAACUUUACACCAAUAACAUUCCCGUUAAAAGUACCUGAAGACGAAAUACCUAAAGCUCAUAAAUCAAGAAUGCGAACAAGACCUUUAGAUAAUGAAUCACAACAAAAAGCUAACGAAUUAUUUGAAGGGUUAAUAAAAGAUAAAUAUAUAGAACCUUCAACAUCUGACUGGACAUCACCACUGGUAAUAAUUAAAAAACAAGACGGAAGUUAUAGAAUAGCUUGUGACUACACCAAGCUAAAUUUGUAUAUAAAAGAUGACCCAUUUGAAAUACCUUACAUAAAUACUUUCCUACAAAAAAUAGCCCAAUACAAGUAUUAUGCAACAAUAGAUUUUAAAGCUGCAUAUCAUCAAUUCCCAUUACCAGAAAAAGAAAGAGACAAAACAACAGUAUUUUUCUCUCAAAAAGGAAAAUACCGAUAG